AUGGGUGCUAAACGAUCUUCUAGCGAAGAAAAAGGCAAAAAUUAUGCUCGCCAGCAAUCCAGUCACUACCCACCACCUGAAUACCAACAAUCACUAUGUGACACCGCUCAAGCGUUCCGUAAACCAAAGAAUCGUAUGUUUGACUCCGAGAUGAGUAUGUACCUCCUCGGAACAUUGAACAUUGAUAAAAUCUCCCAACUCAUUCAUCACAACAAUACCAAUCAUCAAGGAAGCACAGUUGAACAAUGCGUUUAUGGAGAGUAUUACAAGAAAAGUAGUGUUCUUAAAGAAGUCAUCGAAGCGGUCGAGCAGCUCGAAGUGAUGGACCAAGUAAUCCCUCCACCCAUAUGCAAAUGUGCGGGUGAAGAUUAG